AAGAGCAUGUAGGUAGAACUACGUCGCGUGUUCUAUCGCGUCUGUAAAAGGGUCAUAAAUGCAUCUACUGUCAGAAGAUAUCUUCCUGAAGGUGAUGUCCUCUAUCUUUAAUAGAGAACACAUAUAAGCAGAGUAGAACCAUUGAUACAUUUCCAAAAUGAAUAUAUUGAGGAGAAUACUAAGAGAUAAGUUGAUAUUCAGAACGAUUGUCGGGGUGCUUGCUGGUAUUUCGUUAGGAAUUAUUCUUAAAACGUUUACACCUCAACCAUGGUCGAAACGCGAAAUAAUGUAUUUAAAAUUCCCUGGAGAACUAUUCAUGAGGAUGGUAAAUUGCUUGAUACUUCCUCUCGUAACGUCUAGCAUAGUGAGUGCUACUUGCAACUUGAAGAAAUCAGGCCAGAUCGGAAGAAUGGCUUUGUGUUACUACAUGACGACAACGACGCUUGGUAUAAUAUUAAGCGUUAUACUUGUACAGACAACAAAACCUGGGGAAUUGCUUAAAAGCCAAAACGUCGUGUCACAUAACACAACCAGAUCCUUUAUAACACUGGACAGUGUUUUAGAUUUAUUCAGAAAUCUUUUACCGGACAACAUAGUGGGCGCAUGUUUAUUUCAGUAUCAAACAUCAUUAAGAAAACCAAGUAACGAAUGCGUGUCAAUCGAAGAAUGGGAAAUAGAUCAUACAAAUGUAUCAGGAACAAAUGUAUUAGGAUUAGUAUUCUUUAGUCUAAUCAUGGGAUUAGCAAUCGGAAACAUAGAGUCAAAAGGGGAAGCUCUAAAGAGUUUCUUCUUUUCUUUAUCAGAUGCAAUGAUGAAAAUCAUGAAUUGGGCAAUAAUGAUGGUACCCAUAAGUGCAUUAUUUCUAAUCGCUGGCAAAAUCGUCGAAGUGGAAGACUUCAAGAGUGUAGUGCAACGACUUGGAAUUUACAUUUUAACAGUGUUCACUGGUUUAAUCAUACAAGGUCUCAUAAUACUUCCCCUAUUAUAUUUUAUAUGUACACGAAAAUCUCCAUACAAUAUUAUACUUAAACUUGGGCCAGCAUUUGUCACAGCGUUUGGUACAUCAUCAAGUACAGCCACGGUUCCAGUAACGAUAUCGUGCUUAGAACAACUUGGGAUACCUUCUAAAGUGUCCAGAUUUAUCGUGCCAAUUGGAGCUACUAUUAAUAUGGACGGUAUAGCAUUGUACGAAAGUAUUGGGGCAAUAUUUAUAAUUCAGUUACAUGGCUUUCAGUUCUCGUUAUUCAAAACUGUAAUAAUCUGUAUUACCUGUACUAUAUCGUGCAUUGGUGCCGCGGGAUUACCUAGUGGCGGUUACGUAAUGCUUAUUAUGGUGUUGAACUCCGUCGGGGUACCAGUGGAAGACGUUUCCCUGAUCAUUGCCAUCGAUUGGUUUGUAGAUCGUUUUCGGACCACGAUGAACAUUGUGGCCGACGCUUUAGGCGCCGGUAUAAUAAGUCAUUAUUACAAGAAAGAUAACCAAAACUUUGAACUAGAAGUAGUACAAUUGACAAUAAACACACGUAAUAUUUCAUAAAAUUAAGAACAAAUCUUGUUGACUAAGCUAUUUAUUAAUAAAGUGACUAUAUACUCGAA